AUGCCUGUGAUCAGCAACGUGGAUGUCAUUGCCAUUUCUGUGUUGCUGGGCAUAUUCCUGCUGAACCUUAUCGCAGUGGCGGGAUAUACUUAUUCAGUUCCAACAUUUGUCAGUACUCUAGAUGCGUUCGUGAUGCUCCGGUUAGGUGCCCAGUUGUCCAUGGAUGAUACCACAGGCCCACUACCAGCUCUUUUAGCAAAUUCUUGGGGAGUAACUGCCUUAGAUCGGAAACAUGGAUGA